UGACUCCGAAGAAGAAGACGGUAGCAGCUUCAACAGCGCUUCUCGGCGUCGAACAGCAUUUCCUCGGCUCCUCUGCGACGUCUUAAGCAGGUACGUCCGUCGUCGUACAGCUCCUAGGAAACGAGGAAUCUUCUCCUUGUCAUUUUCCCGUGCGUUGAUUGUCGAGUCGCGCGUGAGCUCAUGUCGAUCUGGCCGGACCAGUAGCAUCGCAGGCUGCUGAUGUUAGCUCAAGCUAUAAGUACGCUGGAAUUUUCGGACAGCCACUCGGACAUGUCCUAUGUCUUCAUCAACGACUCGUCGCAGACCAACGUGCCUCUGCUGCAGUCCUGCAUCGACGGCGCCUUGGCCUUCGCCAAGAGGCUCCUGGAGACCGGCUGCGACCCCAACAUCCGCGACAACCGGGGUCGCACCGGCUUGCACUUAGCUGCGGCGCGGGGCAACGUGGACAUAUGUCGCCUGCUGCACAAGUUUGGCGCCGAUUUGUUGGCGACCGACUACCAGGGGAAUACGGCGCUGCACCUGUGCGGGCACGUCGAUACCAUUCAGUUCCUGGUGUCCAAUGGGCUGAAGAUUGAUAUUUGCAAUCACAACGGCUCCACGCCGCUGGUGCUGGCCAAGAGACGCGGCGUCAACAAGGACGCCAUCCGACUGCUGGAGGGACUGGAGGAGCAGGAGGUGAAAGGUUUUAACCGAGGAGCUCACUCCAAACUGGAGAGCAUGCAGAUGGCCGACAGCGAGAGCGCCAUGGAGAGCCACUCGCUGCUCAACCCCAGCCUGCAACGCAGCGAGGGCGUGCUGUCCAGCUUCCGCACCACCUGGCAGGAGUUUGUGGAGGACCUGGGCUUCUGGAGGGUCCUGCUGCUGUUGCUGGUCAUCGCCCUGCUCUCCCUCGGCAUCGCCUACUACGUCAGCGGCGUGCUGCCCUUCUCUGCCGGCCAGCUGGAGCUCGUGCACUGAGCGGCUUGGUUUUUUUGCCUUUUUUUUUUUUCUUAUCAAAACGUCAAGAGGUAAAGUUGUGAAAAGCGAACGACACUUCAUCGAAAAAUUGGAUGACGCAGCGUUACUGA